AUACGGAAGCUCAGUGGGAUAACCGGAGCCGAAACGCGAAGGUGGGGGGACGGAGCCACGGAGGAGGCCGUGGCCGGAUAAUGACUGACGUGGACUGAAACUUCGGGGCAAAACACGUCUCGGGCGAAAGUCCGUCGUCUCUCUGUACGCCGCUUCGGGUUUUCCACGGCAAAAUGAGUCUGGACAAAGCAGAGCUGUGUGAUUCUCUGCUAACCUGGCUGCAGACGUUUCAGGUGCCGUCAUGCAGCAGCAAGAGCGACCUGACGAGCGGCAUCGCCAUCGCACACGUCCUGCACAGAAUAGACCCCUCCUGGUUUAAUGAGACGUGGCUCGGCCGGAUCAAGGAGGAGAGCGGGGCCAACUGGCGCCUCAAGGUCAGCAACUUAAAAAAGAUUCUCAAAAGCAUGCUGGAGUACUAUCACGAUGUGCUCGGUCACCAGGUGUCUGAUGAGCACUUGCCAGACGUGAACCUUAUAGGAGAGAUGGGCGAUGUCACCGAAUUGGGCAAGAUGGUGCAGCUCGUAUUGGGUUGCGCUGUCAGUUGCGAGAAGAAACAGGAGCAAAUCCAGCAGAUAAUGACACUUGAGGAAUCUGUCCAGCAUGUUGUGAUGACAGCCAUUCAGGAGCUCCUAUCAAAGGAGCCUUCAUCUGAACCAGGAAGCCCAGAGACCUACGGAGACUUCGACUACCAGUCCAGGAAGUAUUAUUUCCUAAGUGAAGAGGCGGGCGAGAAGGAGGACCUGACCCAGCGCUGCAGAGACCUCGAACAUCAGUUGUCUGCGGCUCUGGAGGAGAAGUCGUCUCUUCAGGCCGAGGCGCGCUCCUUGAAGGAGAAGCUGAGCCGAAGCGACUCCCUGGACUCCUCCACCAACGCCAUCACGGGCAAGAAGCUGCUGCUGCUGCAGAGUCAGAUGGAGCAGCUUCAGGAGGAGAAUUACAGGCUGGAGAACAGCAGGGACGACAUGCGCGUGCGGGGAGAGAUGCUGGAGCGCGAGGUGGUCGACCUGCAGCAGCGCGUGGAGGAGCUGACCAGUCUGGCUCACGAGGCCCAGGCCUUCAAAGACGAGAUGGACAUCCUCAGGCACUCGUCUGACCGGGUGAACCAGCUCGAAGCACUGGUGGAGACGUACAAAAGGAAGCUGGAGGAUCUGGGAGACCUGCGCAGGCAGGUGCGCCUCCUGGAGGAGCGCAACACCGUGUACAUGCAGCGCACCUGCGAGCUGGAGGAGGAGCUCCGCAGGGCCAACGCCGUCCGCGGUCAGCUGGACACCUACAAGAGACAGGCUCAUGAGCUUCACACCCGGCACUCUGCAGAGGCCAUGAAAGCUGAGAAGUGGCAGUUUGAAUACAAGAACCUUAACGACAAGUACGAGGCGCUGCUGAAGGAGAAGGAACGUCUGAUUUCAGAAAGGGACACGCUUCGGGAGACAAAUGAUGAGCUCAGGUGCGCCCAAGUCCAACAGAGGUUUCUCAGUGAAGCAGGAGGCAUGUGUGACAAUAGCGUCCCAGUGGGGAACCUUGCUGCAGAGAUCAUGCCCACUGAGCUCAAGGAGACAGUUGUGCGGCUGCAGAGUGAAAACAAGAUGUUGUGCGUCCAGGAGGAGAAAUACAGACAGGAAGUAGUGGAGGUCCAGGCGGAGCUGGAGAAAGCUCAGCGCAGCAAGAACGCUCUGGAAACUCAGAACAGGUUGAACGAGCAGCAGAUCGCGGAGCUGCGUCGUCAGGUGGAGGAGCUCCAGAAAACCCUGCAGGAGCAGGACAGCAAGAAUGAGGACGCCAUCUCGUCCUUGUUGAAGAAAAAGCUGGAGGAGCAUCUGGAGAAGCUCCAUGAAGCCCACUCAGACCUGCAGAAGAAGAGGGAAGUCAUCGAUGACCUCGAGCCCAGAGUCGACGGCAACAUGGCCAAGAAGAUCGAUGAACUGCAGGAGAUCCUGAAGAAGAAGGACGAGGACAUGAAGCAGAUGGAGGAGAGAUACAAACGUUACAUGGAGAAAGCGAAAACGGUGAUUAAAACCCUGGAUCCUCAGCAGCAGCCGUCGGCCCCUGGGACUCCUGAGAUUCAGGCCAUGAAGAACCAGCUGUUAGAGAAGCAGAGAAAAAUCAAACAUCUGGAGCACGACUAUGAGAAGAGCAGGGCCAGACACGACCAGGAGGAGAAGCUCAUCAUCACAGCGUGGUACAACAUGGGAAUGGCUCUGCAGCAGAAGAUCUCAGGCGAGCGGCUCGGCCCGUCCAACCAGGCCAUGUCCUUCCUCGCCCAGCAGAGACAGUCCACCCACGCCAGGAGAGGACUGGCGCGUUACCACCCAAGAUGAGACGUCCCAUCUUGGGGCCGGAGAGCACGCUGACAUGAACGCACGGCGAGGAACGACGGGCCGACCCGCAUCAUCUCAACUCCCUGCGUCUCUUCGCCUGUUAUGCCUUCAACUGGAUCGCGCCGCUCCGCACGUUUUUAUUUCCAUGCUGCUGCUGCCCCCUGCUGGCUCUCAACGAGAACGUUCCCUGCAGAGUCUCGGAGGAAAGACCUGUAACAGAAGGAACUGGAGGACAAGAAAAAAUGAGGCUGCGUCACCUUUUUAGGUGACUUUUAUUUUUUCUUUAGCCUCUUGGAGUUUCAUUUUAUUUUUUAAAUAUUUUUUUUAAACACUAAGAUGGAAUGUGAAUUAGUUUAGAUAUUUAAAUGAGGGGCACGGGACUUAUUCAGAGGCAAAAGCUGCACAAGCUAUCGAUACCUCCGUGUACAGCAGAGAAAGGAGUUUUGGUUUUUCUAAAUUUGUUUAGAGCGUUUUCUUCUUUUUCUUUGUGAGCUUUUAGUUACAAUUUGAAGAGCCUUGGAAAGAUGCAAUGAUUUAAUUAUGAGGGAGCGUAGUGGCUUUAGUCUCGAUUUGUUUGGUUUUCACUUAAAUCUCUUUUAAAAAAAAAAAAAAAAAUCACCAAAGCACUUUCUCUAUAGGAGGGUGGGUUUGUUCGGUGCCUCAUAGUAAAACUAGAUAAUUAGAUUUUACUUUAAGGAAUAUAUCCGACUUCUGUGUAGGGUUUUUCUCAACAUUUACUGUCUAAAUGUUUUUUCUUUUUGUUGUUGUUGUUUUUUCCCUCCAUACCUCUUCCCAAAGAUUGAUUAGUUGUGGUUAGGACCUAAUUGCACUCACCACUUUCGACUGACUGGAAUAAAGUCCUCCUGGUUUAUCACUGGAAAACACUACGAUGACGACACUAAACACAAAGCCUCAGCUAAUGGCUGUUUACCGGCUGCUAGGCCUCAUUUACAGUUGAAGGAAAUAAAUUUGUCGAUACGCUGGAAUUCUUCUGCUGAAAGGAAGUCGACAGCAGAUUAAAAAGCCCGAGCCUGUAUUUAUCACUGCUGGUUAAUCUUUGUUUUUUAGUCGGUCCCAUAUCAGAGCUGCUGUUCUGUAACUUCCCUGUAACUGUCCGUGCUAUGAUCUACAGACCAGAGUCUUGUUUUUUUCUCCUGUGUGUGCACAUUUUUUCCUUUAAUCGAGUUGAUGUUUGUUGUGUGAAGUGUUUCCUGCACAUUUGCAUGGCGUUGGAGGGGUUAACGUUUUACGGUUGUCAGGGUUCGUUUGUACCAGAUGAUGGUCUAGUAGAUUGUAGCAUACUUGAAACGGGGAUCUGAGGCGAGUUGUAGUCCUGUUUGUUCUACUUCUUUUUGCACUACAAAUAAAUGGGAUCUUAAGAUAAA